CUCUCUGCUCACAUUCUGAGCGUUAUCCCGCUGAGUGGGUGAAAAGCAAGUGAGGCAGUAGUCAAUCACUCGGCACAGCAGCCAUAGAGAGAGAGAGAGAGAGAGGGGGAGAGAGAGAUUGGAGGAGCAGCCAGUUGCUCGUCCCUCACUCCAGGCUCUAACUUUAAAGGCAGCCAUGCAGAUUCCCUUGGCUUAGACGCAGCGCUCAUGACAGGAUUAGGAGCCGGGGACGCGGGAUUAACCGGAGAUCUGCAGGUCCUAGUGGAUGAGGUUGAGCCAGAUUCUCUCACUGCACAGCUGUGACCCCCGCCCCCCACACCCCCUGCCGCCCCCCACCCCUGCCACGCCACACCAGUCUUCCGACAACAGUGGUCCGAAUUUGACGUGAUCACCGAGAGGCCUCCCCGUGCCUCUCUCCUCCACUCCCACGAUGCGUGUCCUUGCCACCGUCCUCCUGUUGCUGCUCCUCAGGCCAGCCGAGCCCCGGAGGGGCCCGCGGUCGGGGGCUGCGCGGAGCGGCGCCGGGGGGCGCGUACGGGGCAGGGGCAGGGCCCAAGUGAGUAGACGUCAAACUCAGGAGUGCAAGGAGUACAUGGAGGCAGGCGAGAAGUACCUGGACUGUCAGGACAGGCAGUUCACCACCGUGAUGCAAGACUGGCCCAAAGAUAUUCACCACCUGCUGUUGGCAAGAAAUAAGAUUCAGGUUUUGAGGGACAACAUGUUCUCCCAGUUCACCCAGCUGAAGAGCCUGGACCUCCAGCAGAACCAUAUCUCCAUGGUGGAGGACGGGGCGUUCACUGGCCUCUCCCGGCUCACCACCCUGCUGCUCCAGCACAACCACCUGAAGACAGCCACCGAGGAGGUUCUGCUCCCUCUGACCCGCCUCACCUACCUCCGUCUCUAUGACAACCCCUGGAUCUGCCAAUGCUCAUUAGAAAACCUGAUCAGCACCCUGCAGGUGCCGAGCAACCGCAACCUCGGCAAUUUCGCCAAAUGUGCGGAGCCCCAUUCGCUGAGGGGCCAGAAGCUGAGGAAGCUGAACGUGACCUUGCUGUGCGCGGACCCAAACAAGGAGGACGGGGAUGGCAAGCAGGUGCCGCGACCAAUCAGUAAAGUGAAGCCGGAAGCCACGUCCAUGUGCCACACCUACCUGUUCCCCAAACCUCUGCUGGACUGCAGCAACAAAAAUUUGGACAACAUCCCGUUUGAACUGCCCUCCGACAUAGUGAAGAUGGAUCUGUCGAGAAACACCAUCAAACAUCUCAGGCCCAAACAGUUCCUGCUGUCCAAGGACCUCAAGCAACUCAACCUUAGCAACAACAACCUGCACCAUUUAGACACAGCUGCAUUUGCGGGCCUUCUCCACCUCCAGGAGCUCGACCUGUCCAACAACAGCCUCCAUUACUUUGAGUACGGUGUACUGGAGGACCUUUACUUCCUGCAGAAGCUCACGCUGGCGAACAACCCCUGGAUCUGUGACUACAACAUCCACUACCUGAUCCACUGGCUCAAGCACCACCAGGGCGUCUCCUACACCGGCCUGAUCUGCUCCGAGCCCAAGGAGUUCAGGGGCUGGCGCGUGGAGGACUACGUCAAGACCUACAACGGGGACUGUCCCAUGGACAAACAAACUGGGGGGAUGGAUACGGAACAGGAAGGACAAGUGGGGACGGAGAACAACGCACAGGAAGAGAUGGGGGAGACGGGUGAGAUGCAGGGUGACGGUCUGCCUUUGCCCCUGAGGGAGAGGAAGCGGAAAAUGUUUGAGAUCAUCAGGCUGAGUUAGAGUGUUGGUGCGUCACACUGGUGUGGGUUCAGUAUGGAGGGAAGAAGAGUGUUGGGUUAACAUAUAUAUGUACAUAUAUAUAUAUAUA